AUGGGGCCCCGGCUGCUGCUGGCCGCGCUGGCUGCGCUGUCGGCGGUGUGGCUGGCGGCCGCGCUGCCCGCCAACACCUGCGACCUCCAGAAGAACUGCAUCCAGUGGCGGGUGAAGACCCUGGCAACAUGCCAGUGGCAGGUGUGCCUGUACUGGCGGCCCAAGAAGAGCUGCCAGAUCCAGCCUGGAGAUCUGGUGGAUCAGGUCUGCGCGAGGCAGUCCACCUAUAUCCGCUGGGGCUGGAGCGGCAAGAGCGAGCAGUUUGCUGCGGGCGAGACCCAGUGCAACAACAAGGACAGUGGUUGGGAUCAGGGGCAGGCGGUCUGCGACAUCGUGAAUUGCGGGGAGACCGCAUCCUUCUCGCUGCUGGACGGGCAGGCCGAGGGCUUGGACUGCAAAAAUACCCUGCCCGCCACAAUGACGGAUAAGAGCGGGAAGUUCACAUUCGCCUGUGGGGCCGCCACUCCUGCGGACACCCCAUGCAAGUCGUGCGCGGGGGCAAUCCAGUCCGGCGAUUGCAAGUGGACCUGGACUGCCCCCAAGACCACAGCGGACGCGGUGGCGGUCUCCACGCCCCCCACGAGCAGCAAGUGCCGCUGCACUGACUACAACCCCAACAAGGUAGUGGACUGGCUCUGCGGCGGCUUCACCGGCUGCCCUGGCACGCCCGCUGGCCGGCGCCACCUGAAAGCGUUUGACCCAAGGUGCCCGGCAGCCUACACGGGGUCGCCACGCUGCUUCAUCCAGGACAACUGGGCUCAGAUAAUGCAACUCCAAGGGAGGGGAACCUCAGACGCUCUGAUCGUCGGCAGCGGCGACCGCACUGUGGGGCUGAACCUUGAAGCCCUCAAGUGCGCCUGCUCAGCAUGGUCGCUGACUGGAAAGACCCUCACACAGAAGACGACGCCGUGA